AUGAGUAAGAAGUGUAACUCACCCACAGAAUGGGUUCCACCCCAGAGGGGGUGGAUCAAAGCCAAUUUUGAUGGUGUUUCUCAACGUGGAGGGGGUCUGUCAGGUGUGGGAGUGGUGUUUCAGGAUCACAGUGGCAGCAUUGUAAAAUUGGGAGCUCAACAUAUAAAGCAAGGCACCAACAAUGAAUCAGAAGCAUAUGCAACAUGGCUGACAACUCGAUGUGCUCGGAAUAUGAGGAUUAAAAAACUACAUCUGGAAGGGGAUUUAGUGAUCAUAAGCCAAGCCAUAAAAAAUGGUGAAAUUAAAGCAUGGCAUCUACAAAAUUUUAUUUCACUAAUUUUAGAGGAUUUGAAUCAUUUUGAAGAAGUCAUGGUUAGCCAUAUCAGAUGGGAGGGUAAUACAGUGGCAGACAAAUUGUCUAAAUGGGCCCUGUCUUUUAAUCAAGUAGAGGAUACUUUUUUUGAAUUUUUUGAUGGUGUUGUUCAGUGGUUGGAUGGAGGCCACGUUUACCUUCCAAAUGCAGAAGCGACAGAAAGCACUUUAUGGGCCGGUUAA